AAUACCUCGCGUAACAUCAUUCUCAAAAUUCGAACAAGCACCAUGUCCCAUUUAGUUUACCUAGUUCGACAUGCAGAAUCGGAACAUAACGUCUCAAAAGACUUCUCACAAAGAGAUCCACCUCUCACUUCUUUGGGUCUUUCUCAAGCGUCGGCCCUAGCCGAUACGUUCCCUCAUCCAGGGUCAAUCGCCAUAAUAUUCACUUCUCCACUCACCCGCACCCUACAGACGACACUGGCUGGCUUCUCCCAUAUCCUAAGCAAACAAUACCUCAAGAAUAAUGGCAACGAAGAAGGCGCCCGUCUCAUUAUAGACCAGGACCUACAGGAGCGAAGCGACCUUCCCUGUGAUACAGGAUCCAAACGUUCUGCGCUAGAGAUAGCUUUUCCGCUCCUUGACUUCAGCGUCUUGGCUGAGGAUUGGUACACCAAGCAAGGUCCUCACGCGGCCAACGAUUCUGCUGUUGCCGCACGAGCUAAAAGAUUCCGAGAGAGGUUGCGGGACACGGUUCAAGACAUCCACGGGAGCGAAGAUCUCGCGAAUAUGCCGAAAAAUGUUGUUGUUGUCACACAUGGCGUAUUCAUGAAGUAUCUUUGUGGAGAUAUGACGAUUGAUCUUCCUAAGGCAGGCUGGAGGACCUUUGCGAUUGCCGAUGGAGUUGAUGGUGAAGCUGUAUUGAAUCCCAUCGAAUAAACUAUACGGUCGAUCCUCGAAUCGAAGCAUUAGAUCAUAUUGUAAUGUGACUUACGAAAUAAUCGCAGCUACCAGGCUCGAACAAGAAUCCCAAACAUGAGUCGUCGUAGUGACAAAAACUCCGGGCUUUGAUGCCUGACUUGUCUCUGCUCGUUUGGCAGGACAGGUAAGUCCGCCACUAUCAUUCGCACGGUCUCAUUGAGGUGGGGAUGUUACGGUUACGGCUGCCAGGAACCUGAUCGGCGUGAGUCAUUUUUUUCUCGGGUCUCA